AAUCGAACCAGCGAGGUCGUCGCUUCACGUGCGAGAAGGCGCUUUCAUGACCAUCACCGCCUACACACACCUCGAGUCGCUCCUUCUCUUUCAAGCUCUUCGCCACGAAGGUGUUAACACCAUCAGCUUUAAUCGCAUCUCGGAGCAAUUGAAAAGUGUGCCCUUGAUACGCAAUGAUCCCGCCUUCGAUGCUGGUCGCUUGAGUCCCGAUGCGCUUCGUGAGCUAUACCUGGGUUUGCUGAAGGAAGAGGUCAAACACGACCUCGAACAGCAGCAGAAUGCUGAGAAACACCUUACCAAUGGCAACGCUUCGCCGAGCAGCCGCAAGCGCAAGAUGGCGAGCCCAGUGCUGCCCACUGUCCACGAAGCGGCGCAGCAUUCGCACCUGAUCCCGCAGUUGGUAUUCCGACUCUAUUCCAGAUAUCGUGACAACGCCAUACUGAAGAUCAAGGGUUAUGAAAGCAGAUAUGCAGAGGGAAAGCAGUAUAUUGAGGACGUGGAAGCUGGGCUUUGGGAUGAGCGACUGCAGAGGGAAGACAGUGCGAGGCGUGUUCAAGAACGUGCAGCUGCCCAAGCCCAGAGUCCGAAGGCCUCUCCCAAGCCUUCAUCCACUGCUCACACGCAGCCCGUACUGGCUUGGCCAGACCGUGCUCGGACUCCCUCAGCAAAUGCCAGUCCGGUCCUUCCAAAGCAGCCGGAUGGUAGCGCGCAAGCUCCACCAAAGCGAUAUUCCCAGGCGAAAAUUGAUGCCGUGAUCAACCAUGGGCCGGAACCACAGGACGGUCCAGGUGGCCAUGCCAGAGCAUCUUCGAACACAAAACUGCCUCCAUUGUCAGAGAUGGCGCCUCAGUCACCUCGUUUUGGCAUUCCGCCAAAUAUCUCAAGCCACAUACCUCAGCAGAUGCAGGCCGUGCCUGCGCAUACACACGCUCCGAAUCACAACUUUGGUCAGACACCUCCAGGUGGGCACCGCUCUCCAUAUGGGUCGCAUCAUGGACAUCCGCGUCAAAGCUCGAUGAGCAGCCCUCAGGUACAGCAAUCUCUUUCUAGGCCAUCCUCGUCACCUCGACCUAUAUUGCCUCCUCCACCAGGUAUGUCUCUACCGCCACCGUCGCCGGUGAUGCACACGGGCUCGCCCAGCCAGCAUCAAUACGCCGUUCCAAUGCAGCAGCAACAACACUACCAGCAUCAACAUCACCCUUCUUCCAAAUCACCUGCUGGGCCUUACCAAGGCUCUCAACUGCCUCCGCACGCCAGUGGCUACUAUCAGCCGCCUCCGACGCAGCAACAGCCACCAUAUCAGGAUCGCAGACAACCGUAUCAGCCACAGCAUCCGCAAACACCGACGUAUCCUCACCAGACGCAACACACAACUCUCAUGCAACCACAUCAGAGCCAUAUGCCCGCAGGCGGUUUCAUGCAGCCGUUCCAAGUCGCUCCCCAAGAUCCGUCUCGGCCGGUGCAUCAUCAACCGCUAAGGUCCAAUCAACCGCCCGUUCUACAUUCACAGAUCGCCUCCACGUAUGUUGCACAAUCGCACGGUACUCCCGCAACCGCUCCGCGCUUGGCGAUACAACCAAGUCGAAAGAUGCAAGAUGUCCUAAGUAUGCUUGCCACUCCACCCAGGCGCAGGGUGAAGCCACUCUGGAAGGAAAAGUAUCAGCCGUCACCAUUGAUGCCAUCAGCAGAGAAGCCCAGACCUGCGAUUGAGCCAUUGAGCCCUACGCAAGAACGCACAGUUCCAGCUCGAUUGGUUCGUAGUCACCGUGGCCAUGAGGUGCCUUCUGUGGAGGAACCGGUACAAACAUACCCGCCCCCCAAAAUCAGGGCUCAGAGACGCAAAGGCAAUCACCGUGAUAAAAGUCCAGGAGGUCAUAGUGUGGUAUCCUCGACUGCUGACGACUCGCAUCGUGCUCGCACUCGAAGUCAAUCUGUUAGCACCGCAGCUGGUGCCAACCCAGGCUCUGAUGAUCGCCCACCUAGUCGUAGCGGUGUAAAGACGGAGUCGUUGACACCAGCAGAUACCUUUGACGAUGCAGCAGCUCUCUCCGCGACUCCUGCAUCUGCUAGGGUCACCCGUAAGCGACGUGGCACUUUGCAAAGUCAGCAUCAACCAGGAGCCAAACGCAAGAGACAGGAGUCCCCGGGCAGAACAGAGGACGUUGAAAGUUCAACACCUGUACCACGUAGCAAUACUGUCAUCGCUACACGCAACUUCAACAAGAUGUCGUCUGCCAUCAUGAGCGAUAUUCAGAGUCACAAACACGCCACUUACUUCGCCGGGCCAGUACGAGACAAAGAUGCUCCGGGCUACAGCGAUAUCGUACGUCAAACGCAGAAUCUCAAGGCCAUCAAGGCUGCGAUCACAGCUGGAGCCCAUGUCGUCAAAGCGGCGGCAUCAAGCACAGAUUCGCCGUCAGAAGCGGUCGGUGCGAAUUCUAGCACUGUAGAACUCGAGCGGACUGUAGACACGAUCCCGCCUAAGGUUAUUGUCAAUGGCGCGCAGUUGGAGAAGGAGCUAAUGCGCAUGUUUGCCAAUGCCUACAUGUUCAACCCGGGCGAAGAUGGCAUGGCAUUGUCUACGAAGGAAAUGUUUGACGAAGUAGAGCAGAAAAUCUCGGAAUGGCGUGGUACCGAGCGUGCAGCCGAUGACGAUGAUGAAGGCAAAGGCAAGCGAAGGAAAGUGUAGCAUAGAAGCUAAUAAAAGGUAGACGCUGAACCACCACCUUUGGAAGUUCGCCUUGAGGCGAAUUGCUUCGGCGCAGCGCAGCUCAUACCUUGUGUUCCCGGCUACGUUGUACCGUACUUUUACGU